UUCAUCCGCAACCCGAGCAUUCGCUGUUACUUGAGAACGGCGAUUUCUCGGUGGUAUGUUUGGACUGUUACGAGACGCUGCGCACGCAGAGCUUGGAGUACGAAAAAUGGGGCUUGCCCAUCGACAAGCGCCAGUACAAUUGGAUCACGCAGCCGCCCCCGCCAGAAGACAGUCCCGAAGCGGCUAUCGCGAGGCUGCCGAGCGGCCAGAGGAGCGACAAAGUGAAAAAUUGCUCUCCCAAAACUGUGGACCGAAAACCCACCCCAAAGACUGAACCUAGUGGUACUUUAAGUAGUCCUAAACCGUCUGCCUCAACAAAUGGAAGCGCCAAGCCUCGAUUAACAACGGGGCACUCGGUGCCUGGACCCGGCCCCGGUGCUUCGGGCGCCUACGGUACUUCGUUCGCGAUGGCUUUAAGAACUUUAGCGCAAACCGUUACCGAUAACCCCGAACAUUCCGCCUCAAGACAAAAUUCAUCAGAAACCUCAAGAAACAGGGAACCAGCUCCUGUUCCAACGAUAUCGGAAAAACCGAAAUCAAGUAUAGAAGUGCCUACGUAUGCAUCGGGAAGCAGUACGGCAUCCCGGCCGCCUGAAAGAAUGAGUCUUAGCAAUUCGUCGGACCGUUAUCAACCACAAUCUGCCUCCCUAUCUGAGUUGAGUAGAUGCGGGUUUCAACCUUAUCGCCCGGAAGAAAGGAUUCCUUCGAUUCCAAUGGGAUUGGACGUUCCCGGCUAUCCGUCUCCUUACGGCGCCUAUCCAAGUUUACCUCUGGCCAGUAUGGAGGAACAACUGUAUUAUGAGAGAAUGUUGAGGGCUGCAUGGCCACCCAUGAGUCCUGCUGCUUACUUACCUUACAUGAUGCCUGGUUCCGUGCCUAUGUAUAUGCAUGAAAGAAUGAAACUAGAAGAGGAACACAGACAACGCCUGGCGCUAGCACGCAAAGACGACUCGGAGCGCGAGCACAUGGAACUUUUGCAGCAUCAAAGGGAACGGGAGCAGCGCGAAAAAGAACGCGCUCACCGCGAGCGCGAAAAAGCUCGACUCUCUCACCUAUCUCCAUCCGGUCACCACUCGGCUCCGCAGCCUCCGCUCAUGAUACCUAUGAUGACUCCCAGCUCCAUGUUUCCUCCGAACGCGAUCAGCAGACACUCUCCCCUCAACAGCGGCUUUCUCUCGCCUCAGAACUACACCGUGCCCAGGUCGAGUCCCUCGUUGCAACGACACUCGCCCAGCGUGCACCCGCCUUCCGCUUACACCCUAAAUCUGAGCCAGCGGCGCAGUCCGAUCAUCCAGCCGUCGGGGCCGCUCAUCAACAACUUGGCGCCGGCGACGGUCACCUCCUCUAGUCAUAACCCGCCGCCGAGGUCGUCGCCAAAACCGCCCACUCCCAAGAACUCGAUUUCCACUACACCGCCGGUGGUAAUUUCCAGCGCCAGCGCUGUCAACUGCACCAUCAGUGAGGCUUCGGUUGUCAGGGCAACUCCACCGCCUCCCGCGGCCGCUCCUCCGUCUUCCAAGUUGGCCGAACCGGCGGCCGCAAGUGACAGUAUUAGAGACAACGGGGAGACAGCCUGACCUUCCGCCAUGAAUGACUACCCGUGUCAAAGAUUUACAGAAAAACCUUUUGCCGUUGGAAAGUCCACCAUAGCACCGGACCAAAUUAACGCUCAGUUCAACUUCUCAACUCCAAACUAUAUUAAAAAACCGUGCACCGUAAUAACACACACCAAUUCGUUUAUUAAUCAUGAUAAUAAUAAUCAAAGCGUAGAUCAAACAAACAAACAAAAAAUGCAUAAAAUAUCGCCGUACAACAUCGACUUCAUUGUGAGAGACUUGGGCGUCAGCAAACCCAGUGAUAAUGUCGACGCUGAAGUCAGGCACGUCGAAGAUAUUAACAAUGUUACCACUGGGGUUACAUAUGAUUUAAAUGCAGCAAGUGUACCUGAAGUUAAUCUGGAGAAAGAGUAUUAUAAUUUUCCUAAUCAAACUCAAUUUGAUGAACGCACUUCAUUUGAUAAUGCACAAAUUACAACUUCAAAGGAAAAACCGCUAAAUAGUAAUUUUUUAUCAAACGAGUCUUGUACAAAAAAUGAAAUGGAAUCUGAAAAUUGUUAUCAAAGCGAAAUUAAUUCUGAAAUGCACACUGAAGAAUACAAAGUAAAAAGCAGGAAUAUCGAUGAAAAAAUCAAAGAUAAUUUGGGCACACCUGAUGAUCAGUUAAAUAUUGUUGAUGUGGAAAAGAAAUCCAUUAAUUGCAACGAAAAAAUCAUUCUACCUCCCAAGAAAAGUUAUUUUCUAGACAAACAACAGAACAUUGAAGAAAACGUAUUUGGUAAAGAUCAAACAACAAAACAUCCCACAAAGAUUGUUAUACUGGAGGAUAUAACGAUCAGGGGCAAACUGGACAAGAAAAAUCCAGAUGACGUUACCAAAGUAGUAAAAUGCGCGCAUAGAUCGCGGCAACGGAGAAGCAAAUGCGACAAAAACAUACCGCCGAUCCCGUUCAAAAUAACUCCCAGUUCGGAAAUAAACGUGCCGAUACCUCGACGCGUGAAAACCGUCGAAAACACCAUCAACAAGGUGUACAUCUCGGCCAACAAGUGCAACGAGGUGAAGCACGCCACCACGCCGCUCCCGUUCAAAAUAACUCCCAGUUCGGAAAUAAACGUGCCGAUACCUCGACGCGUGAAAACCGUCGAAAACACCAUCAACAACGUGUACAUCUCGGCCAACAAGUGCAACGAGGUGAAGCACGCCACCACGCCGCUGCAAGAGGACCCGAAGUCGCUGCAGACGCACACGCCGCAGCUGCCGACGCCGCCGUCCAACUUUCCCGUGCAAAUCGAGUCGAGCAGUUGCCAUAAAAACCCGCAAAACUUACCGCACCUUAUCGUUCCUACGACGUACAACGUGAACCGGAUCAGCGGCCUCACACACCAACCUCAUCUUGUUGCUAGUCAGAGUAAGUUAACCGAUACACAUUCCGUGGAUUUAACGAGGAUAAAGGCGAAUGCGGUGGCGGCGGCAGCGGCGGCGGAAAAAGCACGUGCCCAGAUUGACGGGGGAGGAGAGUUUACCGUUUUAAUCAUACCCAGCCUGAAGCACAGCAACCAUGAUAUGCUGAUAAACUCGCAGAUGAAAAAGGUCAAAGUCAGCAGAAUCGAAUUUGCCAUGAGAAAACGAAAGUUGAGGAAGUUGAGGCGAACUACCAAUAAAGAGACUCCCAAAUCGAAAAAAUCCAAGCUCGAGCAAGCGUCGUCGACCUCGUCGAAAAACGGCGUCGUCACAAUGGAAUGGGGAAUUCCCGUGGUCGGUUACAGCAAUUCGGACACGAGCAGUUCCUGCAACAGCUCGGACUACGAUAGCGAUCCUUGUCCCGUCGAUCUGAACAUCAAAAAUGGCCCUGCGCAAAAACCCAGUCCAGAAAAAAUCCACUUCUUGAAUCAUUUCGGACUGGCGACGCCUGGUCAAAAAGACUCUGUUGAGUUUAAAAAGUUGGAGACUCGGCAUUGGCUUACGCCAUGGACCGUCAGUAGAGAAAAGCAAAAAAAGAAAAUUACACCACUGAAACUACCCGUGCCUUCUCAUUCACCGUUAGUUUUAAACAAAACUAAGGACUAUAAUCUGAAGAAGGCAUUCUUUAACACGCUAGAACUCACUUGGGUGUCGCCUGAUGUCCAAAAAGAAUUUGAGCAGACCUGGGUGAAAGUGAUUCACGACCGCAUGAAGAGGGACUGCGACUCGGCGCUGACGAAGUAUAGCAUCCAAGCGUACCGCAAGAGACAAUGCAGCAUUUUGAAGCCGGUCGAGCUGAAAAAUAUCUCAUCCAAACCACAGAGGCAACCGCAGGACGCGCUCGCUUUGAUGCCCAUUGUGCAUCAGUACGCGCAUCUGAAAAUGUAACAAAACAAAAAAGAGAAAGCGAUUGUUCACGGCAAAAACGCAGCGGAUUCGAAGAAAAAUCCUCCGGCUCCUAAACAAGGCGGCGAUCGUACUUACAUUGUCUAUAUCGAUAAGACUGCUGACAAAAACUAAUUUUUAAUGUAGGUAUGUAUGUAUACUUUUUUAAUAAUUUGAAUACUUUUGGUUGUAAAAAUAAGUGUCUAAAGGAUUACUUCAUCUUUAGGCAUUGUAACUAUUUAUUGUUGAAUUUUCUUGAAUUUUUUGUGAUUAAUUUAUUGUAAGGUCUUAUAGAUAGGACUCAAAUGUUUAUACACAAAACUAUACCUAAGAAAGAUAUUAAAUUUACAUACUAUGACCAAAAUGAAAAUGAUCGUGUUGCAUUUGAUGGAUUUACUUAAAAUUUCGUUCCAUUUAUUGUAUUUUAUUUCACGGUCGAGUAAGUGUUGGUAGGUUUUACAUCUAAAAAAUGAGUACAUAUUGUAUUUUUAUGUAUAUGAAUGUCAUUAUAAACAUGUUCAUCAAAUUUUAAAGAGCAAAUCUCUAAAAUUUGAUUUAAACAUUAUUCAUGCAAUGCUAAUCAAAAUUAACGCAUUUUGUCGUUUUUUAUUUUGUUACUUUGCAUGCGUUUAUUUUGAUUUGCAGUGUAUUUUCUAUUGCUAUAAAAAUAUUCUGCUGUGUAAUAUCAAUAUCACCCAAAGUUUGUUGACGAUUUUUGAAUUAUGGCAAACAUUUUUUGUUACUAUUAAUUUUUUACUGGACCAAUUAUGGCUUAAGUUAAAUUUAUACAAUGAAUCAAACUAUUUCGUAUAUUUUUUUGGAUUUGGAUGGAGUAUAGAAUGAAAUAUAAAAAGACUGUGAUGGGAAGUAUGGUGGAUUUUAUUAUAUUGUAUAGUAUUACUGUAAAGCUUCCAAAACUACCAAGGUAAUUAAUUAUUUUUAAUUUAUUAUGUUUAAGUAACAAUUAUUCGAAUGAUUAUCAAUUAUUAUUAACUUAAACCGAAUUUAAAUGUUAAUUAUGUUAUUUGGUUUCCUUUUUUUUAAUUAUUUUUACGGGUGUUCUUAGUAAGAUAGGAGAGAGUGGUGUUCACUGAUUCUGUGAUAAAUACAAUUUUAGUAACCUUGACGUAACACUGUUUCUAGCAUGACAAACUUAAUAAAUGUACAGAACAAUUUAA